UUUCUCAAGAUUCAUAUGCUUAUUUCUCUGCUGGAAGGACAGUCCUGAGAUAACUUUUUAGGCAAUUAGGUUUAUUCAACUGGGGUCUUCCUGACUCUUCCAUGAGCGUUAGUAAUGCUGACUCCUAAUUCUCUAGCUCUAUUCAAGAUGUCAACUCUGAGCUUGGCAGAGACGGUAGAGGCGAUUUCUCCAGCAUGAGUCUGGUUGUUCAUGAGCAAAAUUUCGAUAUCGCUGAGAUUGUUAAUAAGGAACUUCCUGAGUCCUCCCUUGAUUUGAUGUCUGGUAGCAUUAUUGUUUUUAUAUCCAAUGUUGACCAUUCUCACAGUGCCUCUGAAUCUUCUCCUGACACAAGAGUCAAUACCUCUUGGUUUUCUCCAGGAUUCUCCAACUCUCAUGUAUCUGUCGGAGUGGUGUCUCUUGAAUGAUUUGAGUCUUUUGACAACUUUUUUCUUAUCGUUGAGUUUGUAGGCUCCCAUUUGAGGAAAUUAUCUAAAUAAUAACUAUAUUUCUCA